CAUUGUUGGCCGUGACAUACUUAACGCAAACACUUCGAGCCAGCACUGUUUAUUGCCUUUGAAAACGGCAAAAUCCUGGUUUGUUUGUAAGAAAGGGUUUGUUUUGUUAUUUAUUAUUGAAUUUAGCCGUCUAAAAGGAAAGAAGGGACAAUCCCUCUCUCUGUCUCCAAGGCAGCAGGCAGUAAACUGAAAGCACAGCAAGUGUGUUGUUGAAACGAGCAGUGUGGUGGCGCAUCGGCGAUGUGGCUGAUGCACGGUCGGAGGAGCAGCCCCAGGGGCGACAGUGUGUGUGUUGCUGAUGGUGACUGCAGUAUCAGCAGAAUGAUGAAGACUGACUUCUGCAUGAACCAGUCAUUCCCCUCCGCACGCAACUGCACUCUCAACCGCAUGGACGCAUCAGGUGAUUCUCAUGUCUGUUCUUCAGUGGCGAUGAGGAAUCUUCAGAUCUCUGAUCUGCAUUGCUUCCACCCCGUGUCUCCAUCAUCAACUCGGUCUCCAGUGUUGGAGAGCUCUCUGCUCAGACAGCUCAUGUGUACUGCUCCAGAGAAGAGAGGCACAGCUCUCACCAUCAACCCUAAUAAAGCUGUCCUGUCCAUUAACUGCACCACAUUACAGGUUUUGGAUGCAAAUGAACAUGCUUGCAAGCUGUUUGAGUGUGCAUACAGUGAUUUGAUUGGCCGGAAGCUGACCUCUCUCCUAAAAGCCAGUCAGAUACUAGAGGAAGGCCUGAAGGAGGAGACACUGGAUUCUGAUGGGAACCUGGUUGCUAUUUCUGCCAAAGUGGUGAGCGCAGUGAGUUUGACAGGAGCUGAGUUUCCUGUGUCUGUGUGGCUUCAGAUACCGGAGCAGCGGCAGCAGAUCUUAGAGCUCCUGCUAGAGCGAGUGGAGAGAAUCACAGCACACGUGACGUUCACUCAAAAUGGCGGAAUCCUCAGUUGUGACUCCACUUUUGCCCAUCUCUAUGGUUACCACGCUGCUGAGGAGAUGACUGGCCUGUCGAUCAUGUCUUUGAUGCCAUCACUACAGAUCCCCUUCCAUUGCAGGACAACUCCCAAGGUGUUGCGUGUUCAGAGAUUGUGUGUGCAGGCUAGGUCUGGUUUGGUGCUGCCAGCAUGUGUCCGUCUGCAGGCUGCUGUGUCCUGUGGAAGAUCACCGCUGCAGAUUAAUGGAUCAGCACAUCCAGAACCUUCUGAUGGCUCACUCAUAAGCUCUAGACAGACCAACCGAACUCCUUCAGGUGGUAAAUCGGGUGCGGGUGGUGUCCCGUCCCCCAGCGCAGGUGUGCUGUACUCUGGGUCAGUGUGUGUGUUUGCUCCCAGUAGCUGCCUCCUGACGCUCCUGCCCAACGGCACCAUUCACAGUCUCAUCAACCCCUUCAGCUCUCUGCUGCUCGGAUACAACAGCAGUCAGCUGCUCGGGAAGAAUGUCACAUACCUGAUACCAGCGUUUUAUGAGCGAGUUCGUGCUGCGGACCAAAGCAACCACCCUACAUCUCAUCCACACGACACUUCCAGCCCAUCUGACAGCUGCAGAGACCCCUGUAGAUGUUCUGCUAGUGCUAACUGUCCCCCUGCUGAUGUUCUAACCCUCUUUACUGACAUGCUCUCAACUAAGGAAGAUCAACAGGAGACAUGUAAUCCAAACACAGUGCUUGCUGGUGACAGUGUGAUGGUGCAUCUAGCCAUGUGUAGGAGAGCAGGUCUUGGGAAAGGGAAGAGGAUCUUCACUGGGACAAGCGCUAAACUGGAGAAAGAGAGCAGCGUCCCAUCAACAAUGAUCUCACCUGCUGUCACCUCUAUACCACUGAAUGGGUUGGAUGACACUACAGAGCUUUGUGAGCAGGUUGUGGAUGUGACUGCUCAAGUGUCCGAGUCAGACUCCGCCAACUCCACUACCGCUCUGCUACAGACCUUUGCUCUGGUGGAGUCCCUGGAAGUCCACAAAACCUGCCUCUCCGCUACUGUCUCUGCUCAUUGUGGCCCAUCAGAGCAGCUCUUCGCUAGGCGAGAUGCCUCCAAGGCCCCAAACUCAGACAAUAAAGAAGCUCCACUAAAUUCCUGUGACACUGUGCCACAUCCAAAACCUCACACACAGACCUGCCAGUGUUCAGAGAAAGCCCAGCUUCAGGACUCCAGCUUUGAGGUGAUUUCACUGGGCAGUGGGUCAUCGUCUGGGUUCUGCGAGCGGCUUGUGGGCGGUUCUGGUGCUGAAAAGUUAAAUGAGUCUCAGCAGGGACAUCAGCUAGCGGAAUCAGGCAGCACCUUUCUGGAUUUGAACUCUAAUGGAGAUGUCAUUGUUCAUGCCAUGUCAGAGAUGGACCUGAAUGACAGCGUUGAGAUCCCAUACUCAUCUGCAGAUCUUAACCGUUCGCUUAGCUCAUGUGACACCGCUGAGCUCCUGCGUACCCCUUCACCCUUCAUUGUGGAGUCUGACCCUGAAGCAGAAGCUCAAAUCUGCCCAGAGCCAGAGACGACACAAAAACCUGCCCUAUCACCACAAGAGCAAGAACAGCAAGCAAGCCCUCAGCCGAAGACUCUAGAGCAGCUGCCAAAAAAUCAUCUAACCAUGCUUCGGGAACAGUGGAAUUCCUUUUCGGAACAUGCUAUCGACCGUGUUCUGGAUCUCCGUAGGGGUGGAGUUUUGUUGCCAGGUGACACUCCUGCCACCUCCACUCCUAAGAAGGUCAAGGCCAACUCUUCCAUUCCAGAGGGCAGGAUUCAUGUGACCUGCUACAACAGUGACAGAACACCAGUUGAGGUGCAGUGUGAUGUAUGCUGGGUGUCCCUGUCCAGUGGCAGCUCCCUGGUCUGUCUAUGGCUAAGUGGGAGUCAUCUCCUGCUCCACCACCAGGAGGCACUAAUGUCUCCCACAGUGAGGACAGGAGCCCCAGAACAGGAGGCCUUUGCUUGUAGCCUUGCUGAGGCAGUUCGUUCAGAUGCCUUGCGCUCCUCUGUGGACCUGGAGCAGUCCGGAGCAUGUGAGGGUCAGUUUGAAGAAGACUACUGUCGACUGCGCUCCAUUGGAAAGGGAGCCUUCGGCUUUGUCUGGCUCGCUGCAAGACGGAUAGAUGGACAGGAAGUGGUUGUGAAGUUCAUUAGGAAAAGUGCAGUGGUGAGUGAAUGCUGGGUGGAUGAUCCUGAUCUGGGUCGGGUCAGUCAAGAAGUGGCCAUACUGGCUCGCCUGCAACACCCCAAUAUUGUGAAGGUGCUGGAGGUGUUUGAGAAUGAGGGAUUCUUCCAAAUGGUCAUGGAGAAGCAUGGGGACGGGCUAGACCUGUUUGAGUUUAUCGACAUGCAGCCAAGACUGGAUGAGCCUCUAGCGAGCUACAUCUUCAGACAGUUGGUAGCUGCAGUGAGUUACCUGUGUGGCAAAAGAGUGCUCCACAGGGACAUAAAGGAUGAAAAUAUCAUCAUAAACUCUAAAUUCCAUAUCCGGCUGAUCGACUUUGGCUCUGCUGCCCUGCUGGAACCCGGAAAGCUCUUCUAUACCUUCUGUGGCACUCUGGAGUACUGCUCACCAGAGGUGCUUCAGGGAAACCCAUACGAGGGUCCAGAGCUGGAGAUGUGGUCUCUAGGAGUGCUCUUAUACACCUUACUCUUCAGUGAAAACCCGUUUUGCAGUGUGGAGGAAACCCUGCAGGCCCGACUCAACCCUCCAUGCCAGAUAUCUACAGAGUUGUAUGCACUGUUGGCUGGUCUUUUGCACUCGGUGGUUGAUCAAAGAAUGACUCUAGAGGAGCUCUUGGAGUCGCAGUGGAUUCAGCAACCCAUAAAUCUAGCAGAGUACUCGUGGGCAGAGGUCUUUCCCUCUAGCAAUGCUUUGCACCGGGCAGAUAUCCUCUACCUGGACCCCGAAAACAAUCUGAGCACUUCAGAGGACACCCCUUUAGAAGAUGAAGAUGAUGAUGAGGAAGAUGAGGAACAGAGGAGAACAAUGGUGGCGCUGCAGUCCGAGCUGCUGAAAUAUCUUACCGAUGAAACUCUCCGUCUAGCUGCCGCUGUCCUCCUUGAUGAUACCAGUCCGUCCAAAGAGCAAAAGAAAAGUGUGACUGGGAAUGGAAGCCAUCUGUGUUGCUAAGGAACAGCUUUAUCUCUGUGUUUGGUGAAGGAAUAGGAGUGUAUUUAUGAACAUGUUGUUUUUCACCUUUCAUGGAGUUUUUAAAACAUUGUAUUCUGAGAUGUAGAAAGUUCUUGCUGUUUGUUGUAAUACUAUGAUGUUGAGCACAAUAAUUGUCCUGUUAAAACAUAUAUGACACAUGCACUAGACCUUGAUUAGGGUCACCUGAGCUUUACCAUAUUUGUUAUUAGGCCUUCAGAACUUUACAAGAAUUUUAGGUAGAUUUUUAUCAUUUUAAAUUAUGAAUAUUUUAAUACAUUUUUUAUUUAUCCUAUGAAUAAAUUGUUAUUGGCAUAAUUUCAGUUUGCUUUGGCUGUUGGUUACUCUGAUAUUAUUUCAAAUUGUAC